AUGGAUACAUGCAAUGUAACUGUGGAUGCCGUUCGGGUUCAUCCGUCAAUGAGCCUUGGUGAGCUGCUACAUGUCCCCGGUUCCGGGAUACACCCCACACGGGGAAGGAUGACGCCUGGACAGAUCAGGAUUGAUCUUAGAAAAUUAGGUAAAACAAGCGAGAGGCAAAUAGUAAUGCACGUCGGGCUCAGAGGGGGCCGCAACCGGACGCAUGCGGCACCUGACCGAGAGCAGCCACCCUCCGAGAAAAUUCUACGAAAACGAUGCCUUUCUGGUAACCCGGUCAAGCGUUAUGGUUCAAGAUCAUUAGACUGCCAUGUGGUCGGCAAUGUCCGCUCUACCGGCGAUGCGUGGACGAUCAACAGUCCGGACUUUUGGCGCCCCAUCACCGUCAGCAGCACCUUAGCCGAAAGUGGGGUAUGGGCUGACCCUUGCGGGAGGCCGUUGGGUCGACGUAAGGUGCAUUGGAGCCAUCUCGGUACGAUGACAUUUGUUGUGCUCAGAGACCGCGCUUGGCGGUAUCUGCUUGAUGAUGAAGGGAAAUGCGGGGAAUGCUGGGGUGAUGAGUGGAAGAAGACGGGAUUACACGGUGGAUACUGGAAUACACACAAGAGUGACGGUAAGACGCCCAGCCGGAUUCGGACCAACAAUAGACUUGACGGCACGGAUCCAUGGGACUCUGGCUAG